AUGGUGCACUUUAAGUGUUGUUACAACAAUAGGUAUUUGGUGAGGUGGUCACCAAACCACUGGUGGCUUGUUGGUGCUGCUGAUGGACCCGAGGAAGAUCAAUCUAAAUGGUCUUGUACAUUGUUCAAGGUCACACCUGUUGAUGAUAAUCCUCAUAUGGUGAGAUUUUGGCAUGUUAACUUGGGACAUUAUGCAUGCUUAGGGAGGCUUGCCCCACCUUUUGUGGUUGAUGUUGAAUUAUUGUUCAUACUACUAAAAUAUGUUGGCUUUAAGGGUCAGAAUGGCAAAUAUCUCAGUGCCCACACAACUGAUGGAAACUCAUAUUUGCAGUUCAGUGGCAAUGAUCUAUCAAAUCCCGCUACGUGUCACAAGUCAUACUUUACUAGCGAUGGAAGCAUCCAUAUAAAGUCUAAUCAUUUUAGCAAGCUGUGGAAUCUUAACUCAGAGUCUUGGAUAUGGGCUUAUUCAAAUGACACAACUAUCCACAAUCUAGAUACAUUGUUAUGGGCUGUCAAAGUUAAUAGUGAUGUAGUCUCUUUUUGCAACUUAGGUAACAAUAACUAUUGCAAGAGAUUUACACAAGAGAUUGAGAUAAGUUGUCUCAAAGUUAUCGACACUAGCAUUACUAACUUCUCUUGUUUACAUAUAAAAGAGCUUGUUGUUUCUAGAAAGAUCUUUAAUGUUAAGUUUAAUACUCAUGAUGCUAGAAUCUAUAACCAAAAACUUGUCACGUUAGCCACUGGAGUUAAAGCUAACAACAACAAAGAAAAGAUCGAUAUAGAAGUCACGUUCUCAUAUAAAGAUUCCAAGAAGAGUUCUUAG